UUCCACUGUGCAGUUGACAGCACGAAACAUCACAACAAACAGUCCUAACCUCACUCUUCUUGUUGAUUUUCACUCCAGCCGAAACCAUGUGCCAGCGAGAGUAGUGCCGGAAUUUUUCGAUUAUUUUGUGGAAAAGUAAGAAAUUUCCGGUUGAAAGCAUUCGCCAACCAUGGCUAUUGAAACGAUUCACCGUCCCGGUGCGCUGAAGCAGACGAAUAAAUCGCACAAACAUGGAAAGCACACGUCGAAGCGUGAGUUGGAACGGUUGGCGAAAGGCAAAGUGAACCUGAAAACAUUUACCCGCCGCCCGAAUCGUCAGCAAUCGCGCGAUGAACGUCGCCAGCAGGCGGUUCAGCUACGCAAAAACAAACGGCAGGAGGCGAUCGCGCUGAAACGGGCCAUCGGCGGUGCACUGACGGCCCCGUUUCUGACCUGUGUGCUGCCCCUGAACGAAAUGAUUGAUCCCAAUUCGGCGCUCGCAUUCAUCGAGGGUUGCGAUCCGGAAGCCACCGUUACGAAGGUGUCCGAUCGGAUACGCUAUAUGAAUGUGCCACGCUUCCGUCAACGGUUUUCGUUCGUCGUCCCGGAGAUCGGACACGGGCGCGAGUUGAACGUGCUGGACGCGCUGAAAGUGUGCGAUUCCGUCGUGCUGCUCCUCUCGGCCGUUGCAGGCGAAUCGGACGAAGCGAUCGAUAAGUUCGGGGCGAAAGUCCUCAACAUGGCACUAACGCAAGGCCUUCCCACGCCGAUGGUGUGCCUGAUGGAUUUGCAAUCGAUCAACCCGAAAAAGCGCUCCCAAGCGAAGGCAAACAUACAGAAGGAAAUUGCGACCGUGCUUCCGGACGAAAAGAUAAUGGAGCUGGAAAAGCUUACCGAUGCGCUGAAUCUGUUACGCCGCAUCGGAGGUCAAAAGCGCCGUGUGAUGCACAAUCGUUCCAAUCGACCACACUUGCUUGGCGAAAAGGUUGAGUACGUCCCGAAUGGUCCGGAGGAAGCGGGACCAUCUCGUCCGAUGGGCACGCUGAAAGUGACCGGAUUUCUGCGCGGCGUACCACUGUCCGUCAAUCAGCUCGUUCACAUACCGGGACUGGGUGACUUUCAGCUAGAACAGAUCGCAUCACCGAUCGAUCCUUACCGGAUGCGCAAAAUGGAGGAUGGAGAAAUGGCAAGCGCUGAGGAGAGGGCACCAUUACUACCGGACCCGGAGCAGCAGACUACCUUGCAGCGUGAAAACGUACCGGACGAGAUGGAUGCCGAACAGACGUGGCCGACGGAGGAUGAAAUUGCGGCGUCGCGUGCCGAGAAUAAAACGAAGCUCGUAAAGCGUGUCCCGAAAGGUAUGAGCGACUAUCAAGCCUCCUGGAUACCGGACAUUGUGGAAGAGGAUGAAGACGACGAUGAGGAUGACGAGGCGGACGACGACGAUGAUGAUGAUGAUGGACAGUACAUGUCCUGUGAAUCGGACACCGAAAGUAAGGUUGGCGAACGGGACACUGAGGACGAUGGUGAGCACGAGUCCGAUCAGGUGAGCGUCUCGGACGAACCGCCCGUCAGCGUCGAUCGGUACGACAAAGAGAUGGACAUGGAGGAGGAACGCAACGCACUGGCCAGGAUCCAAGCCGCCAAGGUGGACGAAAUGUUCCCGGACGAAAUCGAUACCCCGGCAGACAGACCUGCCCGCGAACGGUUCAUCAAGUACCGUGGGCUGGAAUCGUUCCGCACCUCACCGUGGGACGUGAAGGAAAACCUUCCGUUCGACUACGCGCGCAUUUAUCAGUUCAAAAACUUUGACCACACCAAGCGUCGCAUCGUAAGGGAGGCCCAGCAGAAGGAGGGCAGCGAUGUGGCCAUGCCCGGCUGGUACCUACGGCUGCACGUGAAAAAUGUCCCGCAGGACGUGUGGAACGCGUUCGUGUCGGCGAACGGAACCGCCGAUCGGGUGAUCGUUUACGGUAUGCUGCCCCACGAGCAUCAGAUGUCGGUGAUGAACGUGUGCUUGAAGCGUACACCCAACUCAACGAUUCCGAUCAAAUCGAAGGAGCGCAUGAUUGUGCAGUGCGGCUACCGACGGUUCAUCGUGAACCCGAUCUACAGUCAGCACACGAACGGGGACAAGCACAAGUACGAGCGAUACUUCCGGCCGGGGAUGACGGUGGUUGCGACGUUCUUCGCACCGAUUCAAUUCCCCCCGGCACCGAUCCUUUGCUUCCGGGAAAACCCGGACACUACCCUGUCGAUGGUCGCGUCCGGCAGCUUGUUCGCGUGCAAUCCGGAUCGGGUGGUGUUGAAGCGUGUCGUGCUGAGCGGGCAUCCGUACAAAAUCAAUCGGCAGCACGCGACGGUACGGUUUAUGUUCUUCAACACGGAGGAUAUUGCGUACUUUAAGCCGUGCAAGCUGCGCACGAAGCUGGGCCGGGUGGGCCACAUUAAGGAGUCGCUCGGUACGCACGGACACAUGAAGUGUGUGUUCGAUAGUCAGCUGAAAUCGCACGAUACGAUCCUGCUCUACCUGUACAAGCGUGUGUUCCCCAAGUGGACGUACGAGGACUGUAUCGUAUCGUGUGGUGAUCGGGAAUCGUCGCACAGCGGCCCGACGUCGAAAGGCGACCGUUCCGUAACGUUCAAUUCGAAGGUGGAGCUGAUGCAGGAGUAACUGCUGUCGCGCUGUGGUUAAAAGCAGAAUUCGAAUCCUCUCUCUGCGGCUUCUAAAAUAUAUCUAAACAGCAUA